AAACACCCUACAGCUCCUGUAGUCAUGGAUAUCUGUCAGACACCCGAGUUCGAGUUUGAAAAUAGUGAAAGUAAUGAAAAUCAAAGCACAGAAGAAAGCAAAUUAAGUUCUACUUGUCCGGAUGGAAGAAAUGAAAGGAAUCAUGUUUGCAGUCUUCUCAAUAUCAGUGCCCUCACCUUGGAAGAAGACCAGAAGGCCCAAGUUACUGCUAUUGGCACAGGAUGGGAGGAGGCCGUCCAAGGCUGGGGCAGGACAGCACCCAACGCCUGCAUCUGGCCCAGGAAGAAACUGAAAAAGGCUAAGGGGGGAGAAAGUUCCAGCAACUGCUUACUCUGUCUCAGUCUCUCCCAAGGCAGCACGGAGGUGAAGCCCCCAUUGUCGGGGAAGCAGGAGCCAGGGGCCUGCAGUGACACGGGCCCCAUCAGCUCUGGGAAGGAGAAGAAAGAGAAGGAUCCCAACACCAUCUCCCAGCCUCAUCUUCCAGGACACCCUCCACCCCCCAGCUCUGUCUCCAGGGAGCUCACCAAGCUCUGCUUUCCUACCUACAACCAGGCCAAAAAGAAAUCUCUACAGAUAAAGGAGUUUAUUUGGUGCCUGGAGGACUGGGCCAACCCUGAGGCUGUGAGGCCCAAGGAGUCCAAGUAUCCCCGUAGUGCUGAACGGCCUGCAGCCUUCAUAGAACCCCUGCCAUCCAAGGCAUUCUUAGUGCUGCCUCCCCUCAAGGCCGCAUCCCCCAAAGGCUUGGAUGUGCUGGCCAAGAAGAGUGGCAACCCCGGCCUCUACUUUCAGCCCGAGGAAAAGGUGGCGAAGGAGUGCGUGGCUUGCGCAUUGGGGCUGAAAACGGGGCACAGGAAAGGUGAGAAGUGGCCCCAGGAGCUGGCCAUGCACCUCAAGGUCAACAACCUGCUGCCUUUUCCUCCCCUGGGGUCCCGGCCACCCCUUCUGGCUGACCCUGAGCACUGCUGUCUGCACUGGUCCCUCCUGGCGGAGAAGAACCCGUUGUGUGCCCCACAGUCCAGGAACCUGCGUUACCUUGCCUACCUGCGCCUCCUGAAAACUCAGGGCCUGCAGGGCUACAGGGCCAAGUUGAAAGGCAAGGAGGCCCGGCACAUGGCCAGCACCCAGAAGCAUGCCCUGACUGACUUGGCCUUGGAGAGCGGACCUCAGAGCCUGGAGGCCAGACUCCUGCCACGACCUCUCCUGCCAGCCCUCACGGUGAGCAGAGUGGUCAUUCCCGUCUCCUCACACAGAUUCCUCUGAGUCACCGCAUAAUAAGGCCCCCUGGGAGUGAGCACCCACUCCCCCUUCCUCUUCCUUUCUCCCCUGCUCUGUUCCCUUCCUCCAUCUCCUGCUCUGUUUUU